UGGGGGGGAAAUAAUGUUGUGACUUUUAAAAACUACACAGCAACAAUAGAUAAUUAACAACAAAAGCUCACACUGACAGUCUGAUGCUCUUGCCAAGGCCAACAGGCAGUCACAUUCCUUGGGAGCUUCGUUUGCGGUAGCCUGCUAAAGUGAUGACCAAAGCUAACUGCUAAUUUACGCUAGCUUGAUGUUUUGUUUUUGGUUGUUGUUGUUUUUUUUAAACCAACCACUCUGUUUGGGUUCUCUUCCGGCAUUGUGCCACCAAUUGUGUCGAAGUUGUGUGUAUUUUGUUUACAUCACUCAUAAUAAGUCGUGUAUGUUUCGAUUGUUAAUGCUAAUUGGCGUCUUUGCUCAGUCAUCAUCACUGUCAAGUGAUUGACAGCUCCCGUAUUGCAUGAAGGGAGACAACUGUUGCAAACUAGGCAUUUAGCAACGCCUCUUUUGUAAAGUCACAGGGUAAAAUCGAACGGAAAACAAUUUGGGGGGGCUAAAAUCCUCCCAAAUUGAUUGUUAGAGAACUAGGAAUGGACUCUUUGGAGAUGUACCUGUGCUUAGAAUUAAGUAAACACAUGUGAAUGAUACUGCGCCUACCUGGAAAGAUCAAAGGCUACGUUGACGUACGACACGCUUCGCUUUGCUGAGUUUGAGGAUUUCCCCGAGACCUCAGACCCGGUGUGGAUCUUAGGAAAACAGUACAGCGCCCUCACAGAGAAAGAUGAGAUUCUAUCAGACGUCACCUCACGGCUUUGGUUCACAUACAGAAAAAACUUCCCUCCAAUCGGCGGGACAGGUCCCACGUCAGACACCGGGUGGGGCUGCAUGUUGCGGUGCGGACAGAUGAUCCUUGGCGAGGCGCUGAUGUGCCGACAUUUGGGCAGAGACUGGCGAUGGUCGGCGGGUGAGAAACAAAGAGAAGAGUACAUCAGCAUCCUCAACGCCUUCAUCGACAAAAAGGACAGCUACUAUUCCAUCCAUCAGAUCGCCCAAAUGGGAGUUGGAGAGGGGAAGCCGAUAGGACAGUGGUAUGGACCAAACACAGUCGCCCAGGUUCUCAAGAAACUGGCGUUGUUCGAUACCUGGAGCAGACUGGUGGUGCACGUGGCCAUGGACAACACAGUGGUCAUCGAGGAGAUCAAGCGUCUGUGCAUGCCCUGGCUGGACGUCGUGGGAGCAUGCGGCGAUUCGGGGGCGACCGGCGGGCUCAACGGCUGCCUAGAAGGCGCGUGCGCUCUGGCUGAGGAGGAGACGGCGCUGUGGAAGCCGCUCGUCCUGCUCAUCCCGCUCAGGCUGGGACUGAGCGACAUCAACGAGGCCUACAUCGAAACACUCAAGCAAUGCUUCAUGCUGCCUCAGUCGCUGGGCGUCAUUGGCGGGAAACCAAACAGCGCUCACUACUUCAUCGGUUACGUCGGGGAGGAGCUCAUCUAUCUGGACCCACACACAACGCAGCCGUCCGUGGAGCCGUGCGAUGAUGGCCAGGUGCCCGACGAGACCUACCACUGCCAGCACCCACCCUGCCGCAUGCACAUCUGCGAACUGGACCCAUCUAUUGCUGCGGGUUUUUUCUGCAGAACAGAGGAUGACUUUGACGACUGGUGCAUGCGCAUAAGGAGGUUGUCAUGCAAUCGAGGCGGCUUACCGAUGUUUGAGCUGGUGGACAGUCAGCCAUCACACAUGGUCAGCGUGGACACCCUUAACCUGACUCCAGACUUCUCCGACUCUGACAGGCUGGAGCGGUUCUUUGAUUCAGAGGAUGAAGAGUUUGAGAUCCUUUCCUUGUGAGGAAGACAUGAACAAUAACGUACUGUUGGCAGUGACAAAAAAAAAAGGAAAAAAGAUUCUCUGCCUCCGUGUCUGAGGGGAAGCCGCAUGGGGAGGAGCGCCAACUGGAGACGGUUCCACUGCAGAGGCUGCAGUCGGCAUGCGUCAGUCACGCAGCGUUCCCUCCCCAGCGGCAGCGGCCCUUUUGAAAACGCACGUUCCGUCCCAGAGCGAGGGGGGGCUUGUCGGCUCGUAUGGACAUCCUCACGUACGUGUUUCCAUUUGAGUCUUAACACGAUUAACUGUCGAUGAUUCUGAGGUGAUAACGGUGCCUUUCCACAGUCCAUACCUUAACUUGCUUCCAAGUUGCGCUGUGUCCACACCACCUGUACUCAUUGCAAAGUAUCUCUGCCCCAUCACUUCCAUCUGCAGAUUAUUUAUUUACUCACCACUCAAUAUGUAGACAGACGAGAAGAGGAACAACUAGGAAUAAACCCUGACAGAUAUUUCACCA